AUGUAUGAGUUCUACAGACAACUAAUGGUUGGAAAAGCCUUAGAAAAGAUAAUAGACGAGAAGGUGAAUUCUAACAUGCUCAGUCCGAAUCAAGGAAAGUAUAUCCUUGAAGCAUUUGAUUUGAGUGUGCCUGUGGUAUUCAAUAAGUCGGUGACAAACUCCAUGAGUUUUAAGGGAAAGGUGGACUUCUACAACCACGUUGAUGGGGUGUGGAGGUUCCAGACAAAGGACUUUGUGAUGUCUCUGAACAACGAGUACUUCAGCGGAGGAGAUGUUAAUAUUGUUGCAUGUGAUGCAGACAUCAAUAUGGAUGCGGGAAGAAGAAGGAGAAGGAGAGGAUGA